AUGAACGAUAUUAUUUUUAGAAUGAGAGAAAUUAAAACGUAUGCUUGGGAGAAGCCUUUCGCUGAAAUCAUAACUAAAAUUAGAAGAUGUGAACUUACCCAUGUGAGAAAACUGAAUCACAUAUCAACCGAAAACAUUACGAUUGCGACGUACAUUCACAAAAUAUCUGUUUACGUGUUUAUUUUACUUUUAACAACGACCGGUACGCCUUUAGACCCACACUUGAUUUUUAUCUCUCUAAACAUAUACAAUUUACUUAAAACAUCGGCGCAUCAUGCAACUGUUGCUGUUAAUUUAAUAUCAGAAGUGAAAGUGUGUAUAACCCGUAUCGAAAUAUUUUUGCUAUCGGAUCACGAAGCAGCUAUUGACAAACAAAAAAUAGAAGAUAUGCAAGGUUGUAAAAUAUAUGCUCGUAAUUUAACAGCUCAAUGGAACCCAUCACAAAAGGCGACGAUAAAAGACGUUAAUUUCAAACUUGGUUGUGGUCAGCUAGUUGCAGUUACCGGAGACACAGGAAGUGGAAAGUCUUCUUUACUCCAAACUCUAUUGGAAGAACUAACUAUAGUCGACGGAAUUCUCUCCCAGGAUGGUUUGAUGUCUUAUGCAUCGCAAAAUCCUUGGGUGUUUUCGGCAACCAUCCAAGAAAACAUCGUAUUUAAUGAAACAUUUAACCAGAACAAGUAUUUGAACGUUCUUAAAAUUUGCGCUUUAGAAUAUGAUAUAUCUCUUUUUACCCAUGGAGAUAAAACCUUGGUUGGAGAAAAAGGAGCAAUGCUAAGUGGUGGCCAAAAAGCCAGAAUUAACUUGGCACGAGCUAUAUACAAAGAUGCAGACAUCUAUCUUUUAGAUAAUCCUCUGGCGGCGAUGGAUGUAUGUGUCGCCCAACACAUUUUUACCCAAUGUAUUAUGAAAUAUCUAAAAACGAAAAGUGUUGUACUAAUAACACACAAUUUAAAAUUUCUCAAACAUUCCGACAGAGUAUAUAUUCUAGAAGAUGGGACGAUAAAGUUUUCUGGAGAAUAUAAAACAUUAGAAGAGGCACCAAAUAACAUACAAGAAGACAGUGACAAAAUAGUGACAACACUUUCUGAAAAAAAUUAUAAAGCCCAAAUUGAAACUAAAGAACACACAGGUAGUGAUAAAGUCAACACAUAUACAACAUAUUUGUUUGCCAAUGAAAGCCAGUUCUUCGUCUAUCUUCAAUUCUUCCUUUUCAUUUCAACUCAAAUUUUUAUAAACGGUUCAGACGUGUUCUUGUCUUUCUGGAUCAACCUGAGGCAAAAUCCAACUAGAUUCAACACAACACUACUACAAUACUUUUCCAACGUUAAAUGUUUGUACUUUUACAGUGGAUUUAUUCUAAUAAUGGUAUUUUUGUUUCACUUUCACAAUACGUUAUUCAACAAAAUUCUGUAUGGGACUAUGAAGUUUUUCGACAAUCAUCCAUCUGGUCGAAUUGUCAACAGAAUUUCUAGUGAUAUGAGUGCAAUCGAUGAGACCAUCCCCAAGAAUAUGUAUCAAGUUGCAAGACAAAUUUGUACUGUGUUAGGUAAAAGUCCUAUUUAUACUCACGUGGUUGCUACCAUUGACGGAUUAACAACCAUCAGAGUUUCAAAAGCCCAAAAACACUCUUUGUCAAAAUUCGAACGCUAUCAAGAUUCCUAUACCUCGAUAAGAUAUCUCUAUCACGCUUUGCACGCUUCUUAUGCAUUUUGGACAGAUUUCACUUGCAUGUUGUACGUAGCCGUUGUUAUUUUCUUUCUAAUAAUCUUCAAAAAGAGUGAUAUGGUGGGAAACGUUGGUUUAUCCAUUACAGAAUCGCUCUUAAUGAUUUCAGCGAUACAGUACAUGAUCAAGAUUUAUGGUGAACUUGAAACACAGAUGACUUCAGUUGAAAGAGUUGCAGAAUACGAUGACCUAACAGUUGAAGAUAAUAAUAAAAGUGAAAUUAAUCCUCCUGCCGCAUGGCCUGCAGAAGGCAAAAUACUAUUUCAAUCGGUCUCCAUGCGAUAUUCUCCCGAAAAACCGUUUGUCCUCAGAAACAUCGAUGUGGAAUUUCAAGCUGGUGAAAAAAUAGGAAUCGUUGGAAGAACUGGUGCUGGAAAAUCAUCCUUGAUAAAUGCGCUCUUUCACCUAUAUGAAUUCGAAGGAACAAUAUUAAUAGACGACGUCGACAUAGAAAUGGUUCCUCUUGGCACUCUGAGAUCUCGAAUAGCGACUGUUCCUCAAGAUCCUGUUCUUUUCUCAGGUACCAUACGCGAAAAUUUAGAUCCUUUCAAAGAAUUCACGGACUGCCAGUUAUGGAGUGCUCUAGAAGAAGUGAAUCUAAAACACAGUGUUUCAAAUUUACCCUCUGGUUUAAACAGUUCUAUUUCGGAAGGCGGGAUCAAUUUUAGUGCGGGACAGAAACAACUAAUGUGUUUAGUUAGAGCCAUUUUGAAAAAAUGCACAAUUAUUGUUCUUGACGAAGCAACUGCCUUUCUAGACUUAGACACCGACAAAUUAAUUCAAGCUACAAUUCAGAGGAGAUUUCAUAAGGCAACGAUUUUAAAAAUUGCACAUAGAUUGGACAGUGUGAUGAAUUCGGACAAGAUUUUGGUUUUAGAUGAUGGUUGUGCUGUGGAAUUUGACACCCCAAAUGAACUUCUACAAAACGCUAAUGUCAGAAGAAAGAGCAUUUUAUUUGCUUUGCUCGCAACUCGCUGGAUGUGCUCAGUCCAUGACAAAUUAGAGGUGACAACAACACCCAAAUCAACGUGCGAAUCUGUACAUGAAAGAAAAAAGAAUUUAUCCACCCAAGAAGGUUUCCUCGUAUACCAAGAUGUUGCAAUUUAUGAAGGAGCCUGCGUUUCGGAGCCUUGUCAAAAGCUUUUGAAAAAUCGAGAUAUAAAAUAUCGACAGAGCGACCCAGAUCGGUAUCCCUAG